GGGACAGAAUGUGAAGCACGACGAGAGCCAGACUUGUGAGGUUCUUGCCCGGACUGCCAUCCACGAGAAGGACUACAACUUCGAGACACUACUUGAGAUUUCUUCGUCAUUGAAGCUUGGUCACAUCGCUGGCCACCGCAUGGCGACGUCGGCCGAGGCAGGAUCCUCCCUCGGCACCAUCGGUGGGCUAUGGGUACAUGGUGGUGUUCAUGGCCUUACGAAGACGUGCUCCACAAUCCCGUGGGUGAUUAAGUAUAUCAACAAGUUUGCGCGCCACCAUGGGGUACAAGGGUGGACAUCCUUCUCCCUCACAAAGAACCUCCUCACCAACGUACACCGCGACCCGAACAACCUGGCCGGCUAUGACAGCGUCACCACUUCGUUCGGGAACUUCAGUGGCGGUGAACUAUGGACUCACGAUGAUCAUCAGGAAGACAACAAGGAGACUGUUUGGAGGAAUGGCCUGCCAGGCACCACCGUGACUACAAGAGAGCGAUUGGUGGCUUUUGAUUCCAGAGAACCACAUGCCACCCAACCCUGGACAGGCGAGCGGUGGUGUUUGACCUGGUAUACCUCCCGCGCCGUACUCAAGACGACACUUGAAGAACGAGACGAGCUCAGGGCUUUGGGAUUCCCAAUGAACUCCCUAGCCAACACGAAGAGGAGCACAGGCACCUCCCCCGGAGUUGGUGAGUUCAUCCGUUGGCCCGAGAAGAGGAGACCGAGGAAGAGUACCAGGACACAGCUGUGGAAAAUGGCCAAGAGAUUGAGUUCUUUUGCUACCUGGUCCAUUCUGGCUACAACUACAUUCCUGGGCAAUGCUGUGAUGACCACCGCCUUUGACGAGCCAGCCCCGACGAUCAACUUGAUGCACCACAACAACCCCGUCCUAUUCGAGAUUGGUGGCUGGGACCAGACAAUGGAAGCGACAGCCAAGGGAAUCGAGGCAGUCGAACCAAUGGUGGAUCUGGACCUACACGACCCACCUACCUUGACCAGGAUCAAGGACAUCCUCGAGGAGUUGAAGCCACGAACCCUCUGGAUCCACGGCGACCACUUCGGAGACCCAGUUGGACUCGACGAGGUGAUCGAACUACAGCGGAACAUUGGUGGCAACGUUACCGUUGAAGGAAAACUGAAUGGACCUAUGUGGAGCUCGAAUUUCGGCACCUUCCUCUACCAGAUGCCCGGAGUCACGACCUACAGAUCUAACGAUCUUCUACGUGCUCAGUUUGGAGGACGUGACCACGCCCUAUGCGAACGGGAGGACGACAUGGUGUUCGACUCUACAACUGCUGAAGUACUCCUCCGGAACUACCUCGAGGAGAAGAACGACCAGGGGACUACGCGACAGGUCUUCCCGGUGGAGGCCGAGCCGCGCGGAGGAGCAAGGCAAGGAAACGAGCCCAGCAGCUCACGUGGAGCCUCUGCGAUCAGUUUCAGGGAUCCACAACCCCGUCCCGAGGUGGCCUCAUCUCUGAGACGGUUACACCAGAACUUGGGACACCCGGCAAUCUCCGACCUUACGAGACACCUCCGGUUGGCAGGGGCCGGACCAGAAGUUGUGGCCGCAGCCAAGAACAUGACGUGUGAGGUAUGUCGACGAGCUCAACAAGGGAAAUCCCCUAAACCCGCUACGUUACCUACCACCACUUCUUUCAACGAGAUCAUCGGAGUGGACGCCUUCACUGUCUACGACUGCCAGGGAAAGAAGCUCGAGAUGUUCUCCGUCUACGACUACGGCACGUCCUACCACAUCGUCGGCGAACUACCUGGGCACAGCACCGAAGCGAUGGAGCAGGCCCUUUGUGAUCUCUGGACAAAGGUCUUCGGCCCACCGAGGACCAUACUUGUGGAUCUUGAGACGGGACUACAAGCCGGACUCGAGCGUUACUCAGCGUGGUUUGGGACAAGGGUACGAAGCGCAGCUGGACAAGCCCCGUGGCAGGUUGGAGCCGUCGAACGCCACGGCGGUGUGUGGAAACAUAUGUGGAAGAAGGUCGUGGAUGAACAUUCCAUCCUGAAGGAGUCCCCCGGCGACAUCAAGAUGGGUAUCACGGCCAUCAAUGCGGCGAAGAAUGAAUUACGACGUCAAGGAGGUUUCAGCCCGACCCAAGCAGUGUAUGGCCGAGACCCAGAUGUACCCGGAGAACUACUUGACCACCGGGAUCCUCAACAGACUGACGAGAUCCUGACCCGAGACCAGUUACGUGCACGAGAACAAGUUCUUCGACAAGCUGCGAGGAUCGCCUAUCACCGAGCUCAAGUCGAUUCUCGACUACGAAGGGCUCUACUCCAGAGGAGCAGAGUUUCUGGAGAGGACCUCAACCCAGGCGACGUCGUCUACUUCCUGCGCAAGCCCAAGAACAAGAAGGAUUGGAGAUGGGUUGGACCGGCGACGGUCGUUGGACACGAGAAGAAGAACCUGUGGGUGGCAUCCGCAGGAAGAUGUCAUCUGGUGGCACCGGAACACGUCCGCAAGGCCACCAGCGAAGAGGUGGGUGACCUUUUUACCCUCUGUGCGACGCAAGAUGAUCUACAACGUCUUCUCGACCAAGAACCAGGAGACCCACAAGCCUACGACUACCCCGAGAACACGCUGGAGGAUACGGGCGAGAACGUCGAUGAGGAUUUGGUUCUACCCCCAGGUGACGAUAUGAACAAGGACCUCCUCUCCGAGGUGAUCUUUGACGAUGAGGAAAUGCCAAUGGAAGGAGAACGACGACGAGGACCUCCCGGUGAUCCCCCUGUCGUCCUCAACAAGAGAUAUCGUACCAAGGGACCAGAGACAGCCUUUGUCGCGAAGUCCGUCCGAUUCAAUCUUGAACCGGAAGAACUUGAGCCGAAGUCUACGAGCUCAAGGGAGUCGGCAACCAUUCAGAAGGGGAUCCUGAUGAACUUCCGGGACAAUGCGGAGAUCACGGUCGAGAACCUCGACGAUCACUACAACUACGCCUACAUGGUCAGGUCAACCUUUGCAGCGGAGUCCAUGGGAUGCUGUGGAGCCAUCGAGAACGCCGACUUCAUUCGGAAGUUCCUGUCGAUGCUUCUGACGGGAGACCUCUGUAGGCACACGAGUUCGAGCGAUGCAGAAAAGAAGGACCCCGAGAACGCGAUCAUGGAGCCCAUGACGGUGGCGACCCAGCUCGACCCGGAGGGCACGAUUCUCCAGAUGGAGCAGCCGGACCUUGGACGACGAUGUGAUGAUCUUGGGGCGUCUGCCCGCAGUUAUCUGCGGCAGGUUGCCGCGUGGCGAAAGAUGACCCGUCUUUCAGCUGAUCAGCAUGGGCUCGUGCUGUACCAGAACUUGUCAGGCAAGGCUUGGAUCGACGCGGAAAGGCUUGACGUCGAUCUCUUGGGAAUGGAUACCGGCGCCGAGUACUUCAUCAAUUGGAUCAAGGAACGGUACCUGGACGUCCAGAUCACGCAAAUCGGCCGCGGACUGAGCGACUUCUUUCGCCGACUACGUCGCAAAGAUGGACAGACGAUUCGGGAGUACCUGAGCGAUUUCGAUCGAGCCUUGGCUCGGCUCACCGAAUGUGGCUGUGUCCUUCCGGACAUGGCCUCAGCAUGGGUCUUCGUCGACAGGAUGUCCCCGGAGGAGUCUGCGGAACUAAAUCUCUUGGCGAGUGUGGGAAACGAAUACAAUCUGAAGCGACUCCAACAAGCAGCGAUCGUGCAGGAUCGCUCCCUCCGCAAACCGUGGGAGUCCUCUACGAGAUCGGCUUCCCGAGACUCUGCUGCACCUGGACGUGGCCCUCGGCGCGAAUGGUGGAACAAGAAGACCAACACGGCCCACCUCACGGGACAUGGCGACAACGAGGACGACGACUACCCCGAGGCGGACCCCGUGGCCGAGAAUGCCGUCGAAGACAUCGUCCCCGAGGCCGUGGCAGAGGAGUGGUACGAGACGUUCAUGACGCACGAGACGGCGAAGCAGAAGUACCGGGAUAGCUUGCGACAGAGAGGAACGAACACCGAGGCCCUCCGCGAGAUCGCCAACGACAGGUUGGCCCAGGCAAAGGCUAAAAGUUUUUGUGCUGGGUGUAAGAGACGGGGACAUUGGCACAAGGACAGCUGUUGUCCACUCAACCAGGGUGCCCGCAAGCAAGGAGAGCAAAGCGGAGGCAACGCCACGACUUCCCCGAGCCAGAAUACUACGACUCCGGCGAGGACGAGCUAUCAAUGCAGCGUAGUCUACGUGACAUGGGAUCUCGACAAGCCCGUCGCCAGUACACAACUUCUGGCGAUCGCCGAUACGGCCUGCAGUAAGUCGGCGAUGGGAGCUGGGUGGCUCGACUCCUACCUCAAGGAGACGGCAAAGAUCGACUACAAGCCCCAGUUCCUCAACGUCAACGAGAACUUCAAGUUCGGUGCCUCCCGUGUCGACGAGGCGAGCUAUGCUGUGAUUGUUACAUUUGCCUUGAAAGGUGUUGUGGUGCAAGCAAAGGUUGCAGUGGUACAUGGUGAUGUUCCCCUGCUGCUCUCCCGCGGAGCUCUCGCUAAGCUGGGCACGGUGCUUGAUAUUGCAGCCAACACUGCGGACUUCAAGUUCAUCAAUGUGAAGGGCUUCCCUCUCAAGAUAACGGAUACAGGCCACCCCGCAGUGCCGUUUGUUCCGAUCAGGCCACCCGAGCCUCUCGAGCCUCGCAAGGACUGGGCCGGUGAAGACCUGAUGAUUUUGAGUUCCGAGCGCGCCUACACAGGGGUUGCAGUGCUUCCACAUGCUGUUCCUGCUGUACAUUCUGUUCACGUGUCGUCUACAUGUAGCAAAGGGAACCCACACCAACUUGAGAACUCACAGGGCCCCGAGGACCACCUUGACGACAACCUCAACUCCAAGAACCCACAGUGUGAGCGCAUCUUUUACCCUAAGAAGAUUGGCAAGGCAAUCCUCAACAUGCUCACCGCUGACAUGUUAUGUACUGAAGCUUUCAUGACUUGGUGGCUCCAGACUAAUGUAUCCAACGACUUCUGGAUCGAAACCCCGAAUCUUCUGGUGAGGGUACACGUGAUCCCGAGACGCCACUUCUUCACCCCUGCAGGGUGGAAGGACGGUGGACACCUGAAGAACAAGCUCCUUGAGAACCUAGGCGCCCUCGACCUAUGCAAAGCCUUUCAGCCUCGCCUGGACAUGUCGGCCCGGGCCUCGACUGGUCAGACUCCCCUACCUCGCCCAGCAACGGGGAGCAAGUCGAUUUGGAAAUGGAACAAGCAGGAGUUGGUGAACGAGGCGCUACGAGUGGGAAUCACAAUCCAUCCGAAGUGGACGGUCCCCGAGAUCAGGAGCGUGAUCAUGGAGCACCGAGCUCAGACCUCCAACGCGGUGGAGGACGCCACACCCAAGAGAUUGGGGUCGAUGACGCUGGAAGAGUUGAAGACCACCGCCGCCGAGCACAACAUCAACCUCCCGACGCGUGUGACAAGAGGACAGGCGAUGAGACUCAUCCGGGAUGCCACGGAGGACUUGAGCCACAAGGUGAUGACCUUCGGCCGCUAUCGGGGAUGGACCUUCGCGGACACGCCGGAGGGCUACCAGGAGUGGGCGAUCGCCGAGGUGGAGCGCUCAAGCAAUGCCAGCGAGGACCUGAGGAUGUACGCCAACUGGGCAAGGAACAAGAACACCACGGUGAUGAGCUCCGUGACGUACGACGCCAGUCUGGACCCGGAGUUCAACGCCUCGACCCCGUACGAGCCCACCGAGAGCGACAUGAUGAGCUGGAGGAUGGUUUCCCACGGACCCCCGGAGGACAAGUGGAGAGCGGUGACCCACGGCUACGCGAACGAGAGGACGUUGACACCGGGAACGGCAUCAACACCGAAGGCGAAGGCAAAGGUGCCCCCGCGAGCUCAG